AUGAAGGGCUGGUUUGCUUCCUGGCUUGGUAAAGAAAGUUCAACUACAGCAGUAGAAGAAGAAGAAGAAGUGGUUAAUAACAACAACACUAAAUACAAUCGACCAAAAUUUGAAUCAAAUUCUACAACCAUGGAAACUUCCAAGUCGACACCAUCAGAUAGAAUAAAAGAGCUAGUCUGUCUGGAUCAACCACUAAGUGAAAUUAUAUCUAAUCACCCAGAAGCAUCUCGGAGUAAGGUGAUGCAAACGUGUCAAGAGAUUCUACAGACUAAUGGUGAAGAUGAGACAGCAAAUCAAUUGGUGCAAAGAAAAGUAAUUGCCUAUCAACUACUACAUCAUAAUGAUAAUCCCGUACCAGACAUAAAAAUAAACUCGCUGACUCAAGAUAAAGUCCAAACUGUCAUCACAAGACUAAGAGAAACAGGCAUGGACAAUGCAACAAUUGAAAAGAUUUGUUCAAAAUCAAAUUUCGAUUCUGAUGUUAAAAAAACAAAUUUGCCUACUCCACCAUUAGAUAUUGAGCCAGAGAGCGCGGAUCCUGCCGUUUUGGUACAUCGCAAGAAAUGGGUACAGCCGAAAUGGACGCCAAAAGAGGACAAGAUCUUAUGGACUAAAAGAAUAAAACAAGGAUUGGACUGGGACGACAUUUUACCAUUUCUAAAUCAGCGUUCGGUAUGUGCAUGUGAGCAUAGAAUUAACCAGGGCCCGCCUAAUGUUAACACUCAAGAGUCCAACUUGGAGGAGGAACUUGAAGACAAGGAACAAGAACUGAGCUCCUUACCUUGGACCAAAGAAGAGGAUGAUUUAUUAUGGGAACUAAAAACAGAACGAAAACUUGCAUGGAGUCAAAUCUACCCGCAUUUCAAUCAUCGCAAAAUGAGCGCAUGCCAAACUAGAUUCUACCGCAUUCUUCCACGAUCAAUGAAAAAACAAGCACAUAUUAGUGGCUCAUCAAACAGAGAAGCAAGAACGACGACCAAGUUCUCACGAGUAUCAUCUAAUAGAAUACACAAUCCACCUGCAAAAGAAAGUUUGGUGGGAAAAAAAUGGACAGCAGAGGACGAGGCUUUGUUGUGGGAGGAAAAGAUUGACAAAAAACAAGGCUGGGACCGCUUGUUGGCAUUGUUUCCAAAGAGAAAUGAAGCUGGACUUAAAGCAAAGCUAUGGGAGCUAAAAAAGCGAUAUAAUUAUGGUGCUCCCAAAUCAAGUGGCUCUUCUAAAAACUCAACGAAAAUUUUGUCUGUGCCAAAAAGUGAAAAAGCCAAAAAACCCAGCAAGCAAUCUGACUCUGAGCCCAAGGAGGAGGAGAAGUUGCGCGAUUGUAUUGAGGUUGACCUCACAAGCACGAAUUUGACAUACUCAUUCCCAAACUACGAGAUCAAAGAGAUAUGCACCCUUAUUGCAAAUCAUCCAGAUUUUGUUGAGAAUAUGUUGACGCUUGGUGAAAAGAGCUUAAUGACCGAGCAAGUGCGUCGUGGCGUUGUAGUUGAGAAGAUAUAUUCAGAUUACCCAUUGAGAUCGAAAUCUUUUGUUGAUUCAAAAUACAAGGAGAUUGCUUAUGCCAGCCUGAGGAAAGUCACUUUUAAAACUCAAGAGGAACGAUUGUUGUAUGAAGCUGGUAUGGCAUGUCUUGGAACUGGCUCAUCUAGAAGGAGCACGAGGAGGAGUGCGGGCAGUGAUGUCGAUUUUGAUAAACUCGAAGAAUUGGGACAACGAGCAAGUAAGAUUCAUCCAGCUCCCAAGCAUAAAGUCGAUCCGGAAAUUGCAGCUGCUAGAGCUAAAGCAGUGUUGGAAGCGAAGGAAAGAAAGAAAGCUGAGAGGAGACGCUUGCGAGAAUUGGCCAUGGCCAGGAGAUUAGCUAAUCCGGAUGCCUUUCCAAAGAAAGAUCCAUCUCCACUAAUAAAUCUCAAUCUCAUUAAGCAAUUGAAUGAAAGUGCUGAAUAUUUUCAAACGGUGACUGGUGAUAGACAAAAAGUUCAAGAUGGCGCUAAGCGGAAACGUACUCAAACAGUUAUCUUCUCCCCAGUUGUUGAAGUAAAAUUGAAAACUAGAGCUCGUCAAGCUCAAAAGAGGGAAUUGCAAAGGAAAUUAAAAGAAGAAGCUAGAUUAAAAAGGGCAUUGCAGAAAAAAUCAAAACAAUCAUCAUCAAGGAAGAAAAGAAAACUAAACAAGAAAGGUAGACGUAGUUUUGAUGAUGAGUAUGAUGAGUUUAGUGAUUUCGAUUUACGCAGUGUGGAGCCAGAAUCUCAACCAGAGGAAGAAGAAGAUCACAUCAGUCCGUUUGACCCACCAGACAUUAAUGCAGAUACAUUGGUGCCCUUGAAUGGUCGCCAUUUGUUUUUUGCAUCCGUCUAUGACCAAGAGGAGGAUGUUAUUUUGCCGGAUGUGAAAUUUAGACAUUUACAAGAUGGUGAAACAGCAAAGCAAGCCAUGACAACCAAUGACGACACAAUUUUAUACGAUGAUGAGCUUGCUGCUGAUGUUGUUGGCUCGCAUAGAAAAUACUAUCGUGAUAUGCCAAUCUCGUUUCCUCAAUAUUCAACCGUGCCAGCUACUGCAACCAAUCGAGACGCCAGCAUAAAUUAUGCUAAUAGCGUCAAGAUUCGAUUCUUGUUGUACCCACAACACUGUGAACUGUUUGUGCUUGCUGAGCCAAAGGAUAAUGAAUUGGACCCGGUGCAUGAAAUAAUCAAGGUAUUUAUGAUUCAUUAUGCAUUAUAUUUUGACCACUCCCUGUUGAUCAAAAACUAUAUAAAUGAAUUGUGUCACAAGUUGGAACUGGCGAUUGAAGCUAAUGAUUUUAGUGAAUUUAUUUACGUUAUCGAUACUUGGAACAUGUUGAUGUUGGAAUUGUCACCCAAUGACGCGGCAGUUGCCGAGAUUGCUAAAGAUGGACAAGACAUCAAUGCUGGUGCAAGGUCAUUACUCAAUGAAUUGGAAAUCAGGCAAGUUCGCAAUGAAGACUUAAACUUGGAAAUGUUUUAUAAUGAGAUUUGUAUCGAAUCGAUUAGUCCUGUUUACGAACCGGUUCAAGGUGCAGUUGAAAUUAUUGAAGAUGAUGAAGAUGCCGACAUUUCCAUUGGCAAGAUUGAACCACCACAAUCCAAGUCCCCACCACAAGAGAACCAAUCACAACAAAAAUGCAUCAAACCAUCUCAAUACAAUUCCGAUUUUUAUAAACGAUUACGGAAAAAGACUUCAUUAUCUCGAUACGCAAUCCAACAAAUCCUCGUUCGUGUUUACUCUCGCGUCGUUUCCACUGAUUCAAGGAAAUUGCGUUCCUACAAAGCAUUUACUGCUGAAGUCUAUGGAGAAUUGUUGCCAUCAUUCACAAGUGAAGUUUUGGAAAAGGUGCAAUUGAAACCAACGCAAAAAUUCUACGACUUGGGAUCAGGUGUUGGAAACACUACAUUACAAGCAGCAUUGGAGUUUGGAGCUUGUUGUUCAGGCGGAUGUGAAAUUAUGGACCAUGCUUCGAAACUAACUACAUUGCAAGCAAAUUUAGUUCAAAAGCAUUUGGCAGUGUUUGGAUUAUCACCAUUGAAUUUGAGGUUUGCAUUGAAACAAUCAUUUGUCAAUAAUGAACAAGUACGUCAAGAUUGUCUUGCUUCUGAUGUGCUUAUAAUCAAUAACUAUUUAUUUGAUGGCGAAUUGAAUAAUGUGGUGGGGAAAUUGCUCUAUGGUAUAAAGCCAGGCACCAAGAUUAUCAGUUUGAGAAAUUUUAUUAGUCCUCGGUACAGAGCCACUUUUGACACAGCAUUUGAUUUCUUUUCCGUGGAGAAACAUGAAAUGAGUGAUAUCAUGUCGGUUAGUUGGACAGCAAAUAAAGUGCCGUACUAUAUCUCAACGGUGGAGGAGACGAUUAGACCCGAGUAUUUGGGUAGAGAUGAGUUUUUGGGAGGAUUGUUGUUGCAAGCGGGUGGCAUGUUGUCGAAAUCUUCGAGUCCAGCAGCAAUUGAGAGCGGGGGCGUUAAUGCCACUGCCACCAAAGUUGGUGCGAUUGUUGCAAGUGAUGAAGUUGAUGAAGAUGAUGGAAGCGAGAGUGUACGUGGCAUUGGUGAUGGUGAUGGCGAUGGUGAUGGCGAUGGUGAUGGCAACGCAAAUGGAGGUGAGCUGACACCACCAACGGAUCACAAUUCUGAACCUGAAAAUGAUAAACAAUGA